AUGCUUCCUGUUCGGCAGUUGGCACGCACCAGUCUCGGGAGCCUGUUCCUGAGGCAAUGGCGUUUCGGACUAACAAGAGGUGCCAGAUUGCUGUCGUCGAGUUUGAGUGCUCAAGAAGCACAGCUUAAUGAAAUAGUGACGAAGAGCGAAUCAAGUGUCACCGAGUCGGCCAAAAAUGCCAGCGAGAAUUACACCAAUGAGCAACGUAACGGUAAAAAUGGCCAGAAAAAUGUCAAUGGCGACUCUGGUUCUUCUACCAGAAAGAAUCCUGGGGCAAAAAGAUACAAAAUCAACCCAAAACUUAGAGACAUUAGCUCGCAAGUGCGGUCUUCCAUCGAGCUGGCCAAUGGUUCUGACACAGCCGAGGCUGUAGAGAUCUUGGAAGAGGGUUUAUCGUACUUGCGGGAGGUCCAGGUAGCGGAGGGAAUAAACGAGGAAAGUUUGUUUUCGGUUUUCCAGCCAGUGCUUGACGUUUAUUCUCAGAAAAUCACCGACGCUUCGACUUUAAAUAAAGUGCUUGAUUUGGCCAUUGAGCACAAAGUUGCCCAUGGAUUCUUGUUCUCCAAGGUCAUGGCGUUACAGGCACUUGAAUCGUACCAAGCUGCCCUUCAAACUUGGGUUCGUUUUUUGGAGUAUUCUUCAGCGGUGAACAAUGGACUCGUUUUCAAACGGUUUGGAUUCAUGAAGGACUCGGCUUUCAGAAAGAGAGACUUGACAAACUUGGCGUUCUACCUGUAUGUGCAAUCUUGCUUGGCGCUGAACGCCAAAUACGAUUUUAGAGACGCCAUGAAAUUGUUGCAAACUGACGAGGUGCCCGAAAUUUUUCAUGUCAGAAGAACUGUGAUGGGUUUAGGAGCCGUUCGCCUGGAAAAGGAGUUCCAGGAGUUCCAAACCCAACUCAAUGCUAUGGAAUUAGAGUCGUUGGACCCUAAUGGCUCUGUGGUGAUUCGCAAAAUCAACCGUGCUAUCGCUACCAACGACUUUAAUCUUUUGAACAGAACCUACGAUCUUGUCCAGGAUGCUGCCUUGAAGUAUAAGAGACCGAUCUCGGAGAACACUUUGACCAGGUUUAUGAAUGGAUAUUUUGAGUGUCUGCAAAUCGACCGGGUUUUUGACAUUUUCCGGUCCAUGCUCCAAAAUGGAAUUUCCAAACCUUCUAUAGUUUCUUGGGAUAUUGUGUUGAGAUGUAUGGGACACCCUUCCUACCUCCGUACCUUGAACGAGACCAAAAGAAAGGAAAUUUCUGUCAAUCUUCGACGCACCAUCGAUACGGUCUUGUCACUUUACCCCGAAAUGAGUCCUAAAACUUUGUCGAUAAUCGUUGCUGGGUUUGCUAACAUGAACGACUUCGAAGCUGUGGACGAGUUCUUGACAAAAUACUCCGUCCAAGGCAAGGGAAAGGUGCCGGUAAUUCACGCUACAAAAAACAAUAUUCUCAUUGGAUUGGUUCUCAAUAAAAAAGUGGAUGAAGCCGAGAAAAAACUCAAGGAAUUGAUGGAAGACGGCUCGGGCUACGUUCCUUCGACUCUGUGUAUGAACACCUUCCUAAACCACUACGCUCGUGCCGAUAAUUACAAGGCGGUGGAUGGAAUUCUCAAGUUCAUGAAACAGCACAAUAUUGCUGAAGAAAUCGGGACAUACACCAUAGUGAUUGACUUGUACUUUAAGAUGCACCGAGCCAAGGGACUUGCUCCUAAUGUUACUGAGCUUUUGGAGAGCUUUGCUAACAACAAACAGGCGGGUUUAACUCUCAACGAUUACACCUACUCGAUUUUAAUUAGUGGUUUGGUGAAAGACGGGUUAAAUUUGGAAGCUGCCAGAACACUUUUCGAGCACUCCAAGUCGUAUGGAAACUCUCCUCACGUUUUGACGGCUAUGUUGGAAGGAGAACUUGACCAUGGCUCAGUUGGAAAUGCUGAGAUUUUAUUUGAAAAAUACACCAAAUCCAAGAACGAACCCAGAGUAUGGAACCAGAUGAUCAAGGCUUUGUUGUACAAACACGAGCUGUUGGCAUUGCAAUACUAUCACAAUUUUAAGAACCAGGAAAAAAUUUCAAGUCGGUGCAAACCCAACCACUACACAUACUACUUUCUCAUACAACAUUUCAUAAAGAAAGGAAACAAGGAAAAGAUUGAGUGGAUGCUCAAAGAAAUGGCAGAAAAUGGAACCGAGUUGGGAACCGAAUUGCCAAAAAUCAUCAGAAGAUUGUCUAAAGAGUAUACCGUUCCCAAGCCGUUGCUCGACAAAAUUGCCGUGUAA